AUGUCUACGUCAAGUUCAGUCCCUAUGGAGGCAGACUAUGUCAUCGUCGGAGGAGGAACGGCUGGCUUGGUCAUGGCUGCGCGGCUAUCCGAGGACCCCAGCACUACUGUUGUGGUUUUGGAAGCUGGUAGAGAUACGACUCAAGAUCCUCGAGUCAACAUUCCUGCUCUUUGGACCUCUCUGAUGGGGUCAGAUGUGGAUUGGCAAUACAAGACGAGCCCUCAGGCCACACUGGGAAACCGAUGCAUCAAAGAACCGCAGGGAAAACUCCUUGGUGGAUCAUCAGGAAUCAACGGGCAAGCCUUCAUUGCCCCUACAAAGGCAGGUAUUGAUGCAUGGUCCAAACUAGGAGCCACCACCUGGACAUGGGAAGCGUUACAGCCAUUCUACAAGAAGUCUUACACACUCCAGCUGCCAGACCAGGCGACUCAGGAGCAUAUUGGUCUAAGCUGGGUGGACAAAGAGAAUCAUGGAUCCUCGGGACCUCUCAAGGUCUCCUUUCCGGCCGUGGCUCAAGACCCUUUAUCCAAAGCCUGGGUUGAGACCUUCGAGUCCAUCGGCUACGGAGUCACCUCUGAUCCUUUCUCCGGCGAUUCUACUGGAGGAUAUAGUACAAUGGCAUCCGUGGAUGCCGACACCAAGACACGAAGUUAUGCCGCGUUGGGCUAUGGCUUGCCCGCGAUGCAGCGGCCCAGUGUCCGCAUCAUAACCGAGGCACUUGUACACAAGGUUCUGUUCAAGCCUGCUACGGGUGAAACCCGCGAUGCGACGGCAACCGGAGUCGAGACAAUGAUUCAGGGUGAACUCCACCAAAUAAUCGCUAAGCGAGAGGUGAUUGUCUCCGCAGGGGCCCUCAAUACCCCCAAGCUUCUGGAACUAUCCGGGAUUGGAAACGCGUCGAUCCUCCGCCAAUUUAACAUCCCGGUUGUGGUGGAUAAUCCAAAUGUGGGCGAAAACCUCCAGGAUCAUUUGAUGACUGGGAUUAGCUUCGAGGUCGCUGAAGGAAUCCACACUGGCGACCCUUUACUGCGACGGGAGCCGACCGCGCUGCAAGCCGCCAUGCAGCUAUACACGGAGCACCAGGCUGGUCCAAUGGCAAGUGGUGGAGUGCAAUCUGGCGCCUAUAUGCCGGUCCGUGAAUUUAACGGACCCGAGGGUAGUCAGGAAAGCAUGGCCACGUACAUGGAUCAGUUCCUUUCGGAGCCGGACAGUCGCCGAGAAGCAAUUCGCGAGAUAUUCGUCCAGCCCAAGGCUCCAACUUGUUCGAAUGUCAUGUUCCUGGCCCAGGCGAACUUGCACGAAAGCGGCAAGAGCUUCGUGGGGCAAGAUCUGCUUCCCGGAAACUUUCUGAGUCUGGGUCUGAUUCAAAGUAUGCCGUUCUCCCGCGGGCACGUCCACAUCUCCUCAGCGGAUCCAAGGGACAAGCCCGCGAUCGACCCACGCUACUUGUCGCACCCGUUGGACUUGGACCUCUUUUCGCGCAAUCUGCUGGACCUGGAAAGAUUGCACAAGGCCGAGCCACUGGCGCGAUUUCUCAAGCCCAAUGGGCGUCGUAAUCAUCCCGACGCCUUCUUGACCGAUCUAGACAGCGCUAAGAGAUACAUUCGCGAUACGGCCACCACCACCUAUCAUUCCUGCGGGACAGCAGCUAUGCUCCCGAGGGAGAGUGGGGGAGUCGUUGACGAACGACUUCGAGUGUAUGGCACGACUAACCUUCGGGUGUGCGACGCCAGUAUCUUCCCGCUGAUCCCCGCGGCCAACAUCAUGUCAACGGUUUACGCCGUGGCUGAAAAAACAGCGGAGCUGAUUAGAUCCGAAGCCGAAGAGUAA